UUCUUUGCUCCGCUACGGUGGAAACCUCUCCCUUCAGAGUGCCAUGAGUGUCCGGUUCAACAGCAACGGGACCCAGCUGCUGGCGCUGCGGCGGCGCCUUCCCCCAGUCCUCUACGACAUCCACUGCCGCCUGCCUGUCUUCCAGUUUGACAACCAGGGCUACUUCAAUUCGUGUACUAUGAAGAGCUGCUGCUUUGCAGGUGAUCGUGAUCAGUACAUCCUUUCGGGCUCUGAUGACUUCAACUUGUAUAUGUGGAGGAUUCCUCCAGACCCAGAAGCAGGUGGCAUUGGCAGGGUCGUCAAUGGUGCUUUUAUGGUAUUGAAAGGUCAUCGUUCAAUUGUGAACCAAGUCCGGUUUAACCCUCACACUUACAUGAUCUGUUCUUCUGGCGUUGAAAAGAUUAUCAAGAUCUGGAGUCCUUACAAACAGCCGGACUGCACAGGGGAUCUGGAUGGCAGAAUUGAGGAUGACUCCCGUUGCCUCUACACUCACGAGGAGUACAUCAGUCUUGUGCUGAACAGUGGUAGUGGUUUGUCCCACGACUAUGCCAACCAGUCAGUGCAGGAAGACCCACGGAUGAUGGCCUUUUUUGACUCCCUGGUGCGCCGGGAGAUCGAGGGCUGGAGCUCUGACUCGGACAGCGACCUCAGUGAGAGCACAAUCCUGCAGCUCCACGCAGGAGUCAGUGAGCGCUCUGCUUACAGCGAGUCCGAGUCCUCCGCCUCUCUGCAUCACUCCCCGCCGCACGUGGCUGAAGAGUCUGAUGAAACUGCCUACAACUUACGGGCCUUAAGAUCGACUGAAUCCCCCUCGGCCAGAGAAGACGUGGCUUCCCGUCAGCAGAGGCUCUCUGCACUGAGAAAGUAUCAGGAUAAGCGUCUCCUGGCCCUUUCCAAUGAGUCUGACUCUGAUGACAAUACCUGCGAGGCAGAACUGGAGACAGACCUUUUCCCACGGCCGCGGUCCCCGAGUCCUGAGGAGAACGACUCCAGCAGUUCCAGCAGCAGCAGCAGCACAGAAGAUGAAGAGGAACUGAAUGAGCGACGCACGUCUAUGAGGCAACGCAACGCGCUGAGGCGCCGGCAGAAGGUGCAAAAGGAGGAAAGGACUAGUGCUAACACGGAGAACGUGACCCCCUACAUAGGUGAGGAUAUCUAUGAUUACCCCCAGAUCAAAGUAGAUGAUCUCUCUUCUUCCCCAGCUUCUUCGCCAGAAAGGAGCUUGGCCAACAAAGAAGUUCUCAAAGAAAGGCCUUCUUCUUGUUCAGACAGUGAAUCAGUGGAGAGAAAGAUUUACAAAGCUUACAAAUGGCUUCAUUAUUCUUACAUAUCCUACUCAACUAGUAAAGAUGGUGAGUCCUCCAGAGCAGAUGGGGAGAAUGACGAAGGGAACCCAGGAACUAGUGGAAGGCACAGUACAGCACACUCACUAAAUAAGGAAGAUGCUAGGAGCUUGAGUUCAGUAGUUUCUCAAGGUUCCCCAGCUCUUUCUACUGAAAGCCACAACAAAGAAACUUUAAAAGAUUGUGGCUCGAUAGAAAAUUCUAGUAAUGGUCAAGCUCAUGAAUGUGACAAUCAGCGGCAGACGGAGGGUCAAGAAAACUCACCUGAAGACACCAGUGGUGGAGGUAUAGAGCAUUCUUUUGAGACUAAAAAGCUCAACGGGAAAGCUAACUGCAAAGGGCUAAAUAGUUGUACUGAAGAACCUUGCGUUCAGACUGCAGGACUCGUGGAGCAGAAAAACAGUCAGAACUGUCAGCCAGCAGCAAGCCACCACCCGCUGGUUCCUCCGUUCUCCUCUGUUGCCAUCUGUAGCAUGUCAAGUCACUGCUCCAGAUCCCAGACCGAGGACGGCGAGGAGAGGAGCCUCGACACCUCGUGUGUUAACCACAACAACGGCCACUUGCACCUCCGCCCUUCGUGCUUCAACAACGGACAGAGUUUUGGAGAGCAGGAGCCCACGGUGCAAGGACGGCAGGCGCACUCAAACGCUGAUAACGGCGACCUCGUCCAGGCAGGUGUGACCUUGCACAAAGACUGCUGCCUGUCGGAAAUGGACUCCAACAGCUACACUGUGAGCACCAGAGAGGAGACGGCUGACUCGCGUCCCGCGGGCAGCGAGAGCGCCCAGCCUCUCGGAGGACUGAAAAGACACAGAGCGGAGUUGGAAGAUGCAGAUUCAGAGAGUUCAUCCUUAGAAAAGAAGUUAAAAACAUGA